UGUAAAGCCCUAAACCCAGCAGCUAACAGCUGAGUCCCUUCUUCCCCUGUUUACCGGGCUUCCAGCAGGUCAGAAUAGCACCUCCUCCGCAUCCUCCGAUCGUCGCCACCUCCGACCACCUGCUCCGGAAGAGCCACACCUGUGGUUCCUUGAAUCCUAUCCGAGACCUUCGUUCUAUUUUCUCUCAUAAUCUCCAAUUUCCAGAAUCGUAAAUUUGAAAGAAUUAAUGGCUGGCUUCAUUAGAACGCUUCAAAGAGCGCAUAUUUGGAAAUGGAACUGUCCUUCAUCUUCUUCUUCGUCGCUUGUUAAAACAACUCUGACGAAUUGUCGCUCUGUUACGUUGGAUUAUAGAAGAAGAAAUUAUGCAGCCGAGGCAAUUACCAAAUCUCCCAAAUCGCUCUUUGAAUCCAACAUCUUGCGAAUACUUGGAAACGAAAUCGAGUAUCUGGUCGAGUAUACUCCUCCACAACAGCCUACGAGAUUCAAUUCUUUUGCGGUUGAAGAGCGGUCGGGUGAGCAGGUGGUAGUGAUGAGGGGUAGGUUUGAUGAUCGGGAAGAUAUCAAAGUUGAAGCUACCAUGUUUGAUGGGUGUGAACAUGUUCCUGUGGAGGACAGUUCUGCAACGAAUGUGCGUCUUCACCUUAGUUUACUUGUGGAUAUAUCAAAGGGGGACAGUGGCAAUGAGUUAGAGUUUAUCUGUUCAGCAUGGCCAGAUUGUUUAAAUGUGGAGAGAGUUUACAUAUUAAGGCAUAAACAGAUGUCAGCUAGGCCUUACCUGGGACCUGAUUUUAGGAGCCUAAAUCCUAAGGUUCAGGAAAAGUUUUGCGAGUACUUAGAUGCAAGAGGAAUAAAUCAUCAGCUCUCUACAUUCUUGCAUUAUUAUAUGUUGAACAAGGAUAAAAUUGAACUUUUGCGAUGGAUGGAUAGACUCAAGUCUUUUGUGGAAAAGUAGACCGCUUGGCAGCUAAAAGUUGAUAUAAACAGUGACUUUUGCUGUUGUAUGAAUUAGUUUUUGAGUUGAAGUUCUUUGAUAUUCUUUUGUUUGUAGUACUUGGCAUCAAUUUCUUUCUUUGAUGUGAAUACACCCUUGGGUUGUUAAACUAUAAUAUUUUGCAUUUGUGAUUGCAAUCCCAGUAGUUUAAAACUUUGAUGAUUAUAUAGUUUACAAAG